AUGAAGUGCGUGCACGAAGACAACAUUGACCACAGUGCCAGCAGUAAGAAGAAAAAAUACGACCAGAAAUUCUUAAAUGCCUGGCUAGCUGAUCCUGAGUUCAAAGACUGGCUUGAAAAGCGACAUGAAGUGCCUUACUGCAAGCUUUGCGAGUGUAAGUUAUCUUGUGCAAAGACCGCACUGAAACGGCACAAAGAAAAUAAAAAACACAAAGACCUGUGCAAGAUUCAACUUCAAGCAAGCUCGCCAAUAACUUCAUUAUUAGGAUCACAAGUGAAGCCUGCAGCACGAAUUGAAAUAAAACUUUGUUCCUUCAUCGCAGAAAAAAACUUCCCGAUUAGCAUCGUAGAAGAUUUAGUGCCACUUCUUCGAGAUCUUUUCCCUUCUGAUCAGGCACUUCGCGAAGUGAUGUUAGGGAAACAAAAAGCCACAAAUGUGAUCCGCCAAGUUCCGGGAUUUUAUUCUAUCCAAGAAUGUGUGGCCAAGCUAAAAGCAAAUUUGUUUUCACUAAUCAUCGAUGAGACAACAGACAUCUCAACAACGUCGCAGCUUGCUGUACUUGGAGUCUAUUUCAACGAAAAGGAUUUUAGACUCGAGAUUAUUUUGAUUGACUUGAUACCUCUGAAAGAUGGGAGGGCUACCACCAUUUAUACAAGUCUAUUAAAAAGCCUGCGAGAAAGAGGAAUUCCAAUGCAUAAUGUUAUUGGUUUCUGUGCAGAUACCUGUAAUGUUAUGUUUGGAGCCAAUCACUCUGUUUCCCAGCUCCUGGUUAAAGACCACCCAUGGAUUAUAGCUGUCAAGUGCUCUUGUCAUUUGAUUCACCUCUGCAGUUCAUACGCCUCAAAGACCCUUCCGAAAUCAGUUGAGGACCUGUGUAGAAAUAUAUUUUCUCACUUUAGUCUCUCAAGCAAAAGAUGUGAGUCCUUUAAGGAAUUCCAACAGUUUGUCGAGUUGAAGGAGCUAAGAAUCUUGCGCCCAGGUGAGUGUGUAUAACGCUAUUCCGAAAGCAUUGGAAUUUUGCUGCAUAUUGGAAUUUUGUAUAUAUAUUUUCUCUUAUUUAUUUUUUAAACUAUAGGUCAUACUAGAUGGCUGUCAAUGAAAUCAUGUGUCAAGAGAAUUCUUGAGAAUUAUAAUGCAUUGAAGCUGUACUUCACUACUGUGGCAUUUGAAGAUGCUACGCACACCAAUGAUGCCAUCCUUGCAAGCUUGAACAACAAGUUUACCGAAGCGUAUCUUGAAUUUAUGGAUUUUAAUUUGGGUAGAUUUGUUUCAUUCAACUUACUGUUCCAAAGUGAGAUGCCGCAACUCCAUCUGCUGAGGUCAGAGGUAGAAAAAUUAAUCAAGGCUCUCUGUCUUGAUUUUAUGAAAGUAGAAUAUGUUAGAGCCACAGAAGCUUUCAAGAUUGAUCCCUCCCUAAAGGACAAACAGCUGCCUGUAAAUGAAGUGUAUAUUGGGGUCUUGGCAUCAGAUACCAUGAAUGAUAUUAAGGAAGAAAAUAAUCCAGACAUUCUACUUUUUUACUCCCAGUGCAGAGAGUUUUUGAUUGAAGCUGUGAAGCAGAUCCAAGCACGUUUUGUUGAUUGCGAAAAACUGGACAUCAUGUCUUGUCUCUCGCCUACUGUUGCAUUCAAUUUGAAGAUGUCUUCUUUUAGUGGACUGUAUCAGAAAAUGCCUUUCCUUGCUCAAGUUGCUGACCUUCAAAAAGUGGAUCAGGAAUGGAGAGAGCAUUCAUUAAAUCCAAACCUGAAUGAAAGUCUCAGUGCUGACGAAUACUGGCAAGUGGUUUUUAAGGAGAAGAGAACACCAGAUGAACUUGCUGCACCAAAUUUGGUUAAAGUGGUGAAAGUUCUACUGUCCUUGCCUUUUUCGAAUGCUGCCGUUGAACGAGUGUUCAGUCAGUUGAAAUUGGUUAAGACAGACCAUAGAGCUAAUCUAAAGCAAGAAAGUUUGCUUGGUCUUUUAACAACGAAGAUGACUCUCUUGAAAUCUGUUCCUUCCGAUGUGUCUCAAACUGUAAAGCUCGAGCCAACAAAGGAGAUGUUAAAUCUCUACAAGGAAAUGAAGUCAAAUGCGGACAAUGACGAGGUUACUGAACUGCGGAAGACCUUCAUAGAGAAACUUAACAUUUAA